ACUCUUCGGUCCCGUCCAAAUCCAAUCCAACCAAAAUCCCCAUCAUUCUCAUCAAUACCUAUCUAAUAUCUCCACCAUAACAUAUAUAUUCAUUCAACCUCUUUCUCUUUUUAGAUUUUAUAUUUAUAUAUACACACUGCUGUAUCCAUUCUUUACUACACCAGCAAUUGCUUUUUCUUUUUAUUUUUAUUUUUAUUUAUUUGUUUGUUCAUUGUCUUGGUUGUGUUGUGUUCAAGGGAGUGAGUGUGCGUAUAUAUAUAUAUAUAGAGAGAGAGAGAGAGGGGAGUAUUAUUAGUAUUAGAUAUACAUACAUGUAUAUGUAUGUAAAUGCAAUGGAGAAACAACAAAAAGAGAGAGAGAGAGAAACAAAAGAGAAGCCAAUGGAAGAUUGCAUGAGAGAAUGCAUGAGAAAGUUGUGUCUGUGGGUGACGCGUACCUUCAAGCCAGUUAUGUCUCACGAUGAGCUUGAACCCAUUAUGGCUACCCUCGGUUUCGUCGGCCUUCCACCCUCCUCCGCCGCCUCCGGCUGCGACUGGAAGGAGUAUGUGUAUUCCGCUGGUGGCUGGCGGCGGAGUCUGUCACUCACCAUCAUCGACCACCAGAAUCCGCCGCCUCCGAGCCCCCGACUUCCCUAUCCCAGAAUCGACGGCCUCCACAUCUACACCUACACGGCUUUCCUAGAUGCCGUCAACUUCUACCUCGAGAUGACCAAUAUGUCUGACCUCUUCCAUAUUAGGGGAAUGCCACUCCACAGAGUUCUUGACCGGAACAGGAAGUGGCGCCGUAUAGAAGAAGAUGAUAGUGUCUUUGUUUACAGAGAGGGAACGUUGGAUCAAGCAAUAUACACGUACUAUCACAAAAACAAGAAUGACGUCAACAGUGGUAGCAAAGGGUGCAAUUCAAUGCUCAUCCGCAACAAGGGCAACAGUACACCGACAGGCUGCAUAGUCCCGUUGAAAGAUAUCAUAGUGUGAUCAUAAUAUUCAGAACAUAUAUAAACAUAUACAAACCUGCUUCAAAAGCUCCCCCAAUAAAUAAAUCAUCAUCGAAUAUAACUGGACAUGACACCCUAUUCGGUUCAAGUUUGUUAUGGUGUGAGAACUCAGUUGUCUCUGUUUUUUUAAUAUGAAACCCAAAGAUAAUCUUGUCUGGGUCAAAAAUGGCAGACACCGGUAAAGUUGCCACUGAGUUGGCUUUGCUAUGAUUCAAUUUUUCUCCAAGACUGGCCUGAUCUGAAACAAAUAGGCUUAAAAUUCAUAUCAUGGAUGUCCAAAAAAGAGGAUCUACACAAGGAAGUAUCAUAUCACUAUCAGGCUCUUUCAGAUCAGAUAGCCAGCCAGAGUACUCCCAAGCACCGGAUAUUUGUUUGACUUGGUAUGGAGAGAAUAAAUGAUUGGCUGAUGCUGGGUUUGGCAAACGCUUUUUUGUAGGUUUUUUUUUUUUUUUUUUUUUUGAAAAGUAAAAGUAGUUGUUAAAAAGACUAUUGUUUGGUCAAUGUUAAAAAAUUUCUCUUUUUUUAGUUGGUGAUAAAGUUUACUGGAUUUUUUUUUUUCAAUUUUCCAUUUUUGUCAGUUAAACAUGCAUUGCUAAAGUGGGGCUUUUUUUGGGGGGUUGAAAUAGCCAAAAAGUGGCUAGAUGAGAACGGGUGGAUGCAUGAAUUGAUCCCUUUUGAUUAAUUAAUUAAUUAGUGUUUUUUGAGAAGAUUAUUGCCUCACUGCGGCUUUGCUAUACAAGUGUAUAAA